CGCAUAUUUAUCGCCGGUGUGUGACAAGUGAAACGCCAAUUCGCUACAGCAAUCCACGAUAAAUACUUGAAAAAAUUACCUAACACUGUGACUUCCGUACCAAAAUGUUGCGUGUGGACGAUCCAGAGAAAAAAGUACGAGGUCAUAGCAGAGCCUCAAGCGGCACCCACGAUUUUCGCGAAGCUACCAAACGGGAUGCAUUGAAUCAGCUGCAAAAGGAACUUGACAUCCUUGUUAAAACUACCAAAGAACCUCUACAACCCAAAACACAAGCCGAAUUCAACGGAUUCGUUCAACUCUUUCAAAGGUUCCUGGAAGAGACUGGUCCAUCUGUAGAUUGGGAAAAAAUUCAAAAACUGCCUGAUGAUGCUGUUAGAGAGCACAAUACUCUUGAAGUGCCAAUAAGCAAUGACACUGUACAUGACAUGCUUAACAAAUUAGUUGUAGUCAAGUUAAAUGGUGGCCUGGGCACUUCUAUGGGCUGUCGGGGCCCGAAAUCUGUGAUUUCGGUCAGAAAUGACCUUACUUUCUUGGAUCUUACCGUACAACAAAUUGAACAUCUCAACAAAACGUACAAUGUGAAUGUGCCCCUCGUUUUGAUGAAUUCAUUUAACACAGACGACGACACAGAAAAAGUUAUCAGGAAAUACAAGAACCUUCAAGUAGAAAUACACACGUUCAAUCAGUCUUGCUACCCUCGAAUCAGUAGAGAGACUUUAUUGCCAGUCACAAAUGUCUGUGAUGUUCAAGCAGAUUUAGAAGCAUGGUACCCACCAGGUCACGGUGAUUUCUAUCAGAGCUUCCAAAAUUCUGGUCUACUCAAGAAAUUUUUGAUUGAGGGAAAAGAAUACUGCUUUAUAUCAAACAUUGAUAAUUUAGGUGCCACUGUAGAUAUUAACAUUUUGAAUCUGUUGUUGCAUCCCAAGGACAACGUCCAGCAUGAAUUCGUUAUGGAGGUUACCAACAAAACUAAAGCUGAUGUUAAGGGUGGUACUCUAAUUCAAUAUGAAAAUAAACUCAGACUCCUGGAAAUUGCUCAAGUACCUAAAGAACAUGUCGAAGAUUUUAAGUCGGUAAAGACGUUUAAAUUCUUCAAUACCAACAAUUUGUGGGCCAAACUGGAUGCAAUUGAACGUGUCUUGAGGGAAGACAAAUUGCGAAUGGAAAUCAUUAUUAACAACAAAUCUCUAGCCAACGGAAUUAACGUAAUUCAAUUAGAAACUGCAGUUGGUGCCGCGAUGAAGUCAUUUGAAAACGCUAUUGGCAUUAAUGUGCCAAGAAGUCGGUUUUUGCCAGUUAAGAAAACUUCGGAUUUAUUGUUGGUCAUGAGUAAUUUGUAUAGUCUAAAGAACGGCUCUCUUAGUAUGUCGCCACAGAGAAUGUUCCCUACAACACCAUUAGUAAAGCUUGGUGAUAAUCAUUUUUCAAAAGUAAAAGAAUUCUUGGGUCGAUUUGCAACAAUUCCAGACUUGAUCGAAUUGGAUCACUUAACCGUAUCCGGAGAUGUUACAUUUGGAAGAGACGUAUCAUUAAAAGGUACGGUGAUUAUUAUUGCCAAUCAUGGAGACAGGAUAGAUAUUCCUCCAGGGGCAGUUCUAGAAAAUAAAAUAGUGUCAGGCAACAUGCGUAUUCUGGAUCAUUAAAUUGUUAUAGUAUAUAUUAUAGAGAUUAUUUAUUUAUUUCCCUGAAGAUUUUAGAGAUGUUUAUUUAUACAAUAUAUUUUUGUAUGUUAUAUUUUUAAAUUAUACUUAGUGCAUGAACUUAUAGAAUUUGUCCAUGUUAAAAUACAACCCUUUAUCAUGUCUUACAAA